AUCAGGUCGCUUCCUCCGGGAAGGUUUUAAAAGGAGGAGACUAGAAGAACUUAGCACUUUGGCUGCAGGACACUGUGUCCACCUCCUCACUUCCAGCGUACAAGGAAGGAGUUUGUCAUCCUGACACCCAGGGCUGGCGUGCUAGCGUCCUCGCUUUGGGUAAGAUUUCAGAAGCAUUUCCAGGCGCUGAGCUCGCUGCAGCGAGACUGGGAAAGACGUCUCUCGAAGCUCGGGGCUUCAGGCAGUAAGGGGACCCUCUCCCUAGAAAUUCAACUUCACUGAGCCCCGCGGAUGCUGCGGGGAACCACACCGUGCAAUAGUGGCGGUUCUUUGGGGAAAACGUGAGGCUCUCUUUGCCGGUGACUGGCUGUGGAUUUAUGGAGGUGCCGGGGAGCAGCUUUGAAUAUUGCCACGCACAACAUUGUGCCCACUGAGGAAAGGUCUCUGCCGGCUCGCCUGCCCCUGGGUCCGUGCCCUCGGGUUUAACCAUUCAAAUCUCCCGUGCAUGGCUCUUGCAGCCAAGGGACUUCUGCUGGCUGCUGCCACAGCCUGAUCCGCUUCGGGCCCCCGUCGCUGCUCCCAAGUACUCCACCUAUCCAGAUGGGGUAACGUGACGGAGCGAAACGGCACGUGAGGAGGUUCCCCAAUGCAGAGGCCUUUCUAGAGAAGAGAGCAAGGAAACCGGACGGCACGGAAGGCAGGGAGGGCGGCGGCUCUGGAUUGCACACCCAAAGGAAACUGACACUACAAAGGGAGAUUAUUAUUUUUUAUUAUUAUUAUUUGGCUUCAAGCACAUGGCUUUUUGUGUGUGUUGGGGGAUCUAACACACUCCCAAGAGCUGGGAAUAUUUGCACAACAUUUGUGUUGGGGGGUUUUUAAAUUACUUCCCCCCCAAAAAAAACCUCCAGGUUUUUUUUUUUUACUUCUCGUCCUUCUUUCUUUAUUUCCCCCUGCCACCCUCACUUCACCAUGGCCCGUAUGAAUCGGCCUGCGCCUGUGGAGGUGUGCUACAAAAACAUGCGGUUCCUGAUUACCCACAACCCCACCAAUGCCACGCUCAGCACCUUCAUAGAGGAUCUGAAGAAGUACGGCGCGACAACGGUAGUGCGGGUCUGCGAAGUGACCUACGACAAGACUCCCCUGGAGAAGGAUGGCAUCACAGUAAUGGACUGGCCCUUUGAUGACGGCGCUCCUCCUCCCAGCAAAAUAGUGGAAGACUGGCUCAACUUGCUGAAAACAAAAUUCUGCGAAGACCCUGGCUGCUGCGUGGCUGUUCAUUGUGUGGCUGGCCUGGGCCGAGCUCCUGUUCUCGUAGCCCUGGCUCUCAUCGAGAGCGGGAUGAAGUAUGAAGACGCCAUUCAAUUCAUCAGACAGAAGCGCAGAGGAGCCAUCAACAGCAAGCAGCUAAUGUACCUGGAAAAAUACCGGCCAAAGCAGAGACUCCGAUUCAAGGACCCUCACAACCACAAGAACAAAUGCUGCAUCAUGUAACCUCAGCAACCUCUUGCCAAAACACACGCACAGACACACACACGGAGGCACGCAGGGUCGGACGGUGGAGUUGCGGGGAGCUUGGACAAAGUGGCACUGACCUUUCCUUGUAAAUGGGGCACUCUCUCGUUAAAGAAUCUCUGCACCCCUGGCCAGCUAAGGUCAGGAGAGAAGAUGGUUAGGCAUCUCACUCCUGGUUUUAAUGGACAAAGAAUUAGCCCCUCAUUCCUCCCACCCCACCAAAUCUCCCAUCCCCCUCCUCACCCUUUCCCCAGCUGCAGGCGGAGCUUGAGUUGAUCUGAAUUCUUUGCAUUGAACCCAACUGCAGGAAGAGAUCUGUCCAGGCUGCGCUGCCCCGGGGGUGGGUUGUGGGAGGGGAAGAUGCAGAGAAUUUGUCUGCUGCCUGGCGUGUAACAGCCACAGUCUGGCGCUGUAUCAAAUACGUGUUGGGCCAGUCCCUUCCACUGUUUGCGCUGGAUUGGGGGUUAGGAUGUGCUCUGAGGUUGGGUUUCCCCACUGGUCACGGACAUUCUUCCCCCUCCCUUCUCUCUGUGCUGCUCUUCAUUAGAGCAGCAAUGUUACAUGUCCCAGUGGGGCACAUAGGAUCAAGGGCAAGGGGCUUGUUUUAGUUCCCUAAAGGGCUUCAGUAGAGUUGGCUCCAGUCAGUCACUGGGGGCAGGGUGUUGUUGAGGGAGGAGACGGCGCUGUACAUACACUGCUCCCUGACUGAAUUCCAGCCCUGCACCGAACAUCCCCCGUGUGUCCCGCGGGAACGUCACUCUCCAACAGAGAACUCGGUUCAUUCAGAUUUCAAGGGCUUUCUUCCCCCUCCCAGCUACCUCUCUCCUUUGCCUGAAAAGAACCUGGCCCUAGAGUUCCUUUUCUCCUUCUGAAAUCAAAUGGUCGUCUUUGGGAGUGGGUUGUACACUGGGGCGAGGGGGGUGGGGUGGGAAUGGAAGGGGAGCGCGUUGCUAGGGCCAGUAAAGGGUCUUCUGGCUGGGAGGAAAGGGGCUUAGGUGUGGACGCUAGCCAGGUGUUAGAUAGAUGCAUCCCAGAGCAUAUUCACAACCUCCAAAUAGAGACUCCGGGCCUGGGUUGGUGCUGGGGCUGACAGGGAGGGAGAAGGGGCAGCCAGACAAUUUGCUGUCACAGAGGCGAAGCGUGCGAGGGAAUUGGGAGUUUGUGACGUUUCAGUCUCAUUCUUGGAUCGUAGGAGUUUCCUAUCUGGCUCAGUGUUAGUGUAACUAGCCAGGAUCUGCUUGUUUCACCUUGAAAGCCGCUGGCUGGCUGGAAGACUGAGCAGCUUCCUACACCAAGUGAACCCUGGGGGAGCACCAGGGGGCGGGUGGUGAUAUUUCUCUUGAAAUUUGUCAUCUUUUCCCUUCGGACUGGGUCUGAUCUUCCCCGUGGCACAGCGUCUGCUGCAGCAGCUUCCCGUUCAGGUAGCCAGCCCUCCGCGGUGCUCUGCAGUGACAUCCACCUUUGGCCAUGACCCGUGGCUGGGGCUAGAUACCACUGCCCUCGGGGAAAUAUCAUUGAUGUUGGGUUCUCUCCAGAUGGCUGCAGCUGUAACCCUGGGCUCCCCUGGUGUGUUGGGGAAAGGGCUGAGAUCUUCUCCCUUGGUACACAUGGCCCAGGAGAGGGGAGCACCUCGGUUACAGGAGGAGGCCAGUCCAGCGAAGCGGUGACUCCAGGAGAACUCUGCUUAGGCAGAGAUGCCCAACUUUGUAGGGGGACCGGGGAUUGGGCGCUACUAUUCUGUCUUACCCCUUCCUCCUUUCUAAGGAAUCGAGGAGAGAACGAAUGGCAGGUCUCCUCUUGGACUUCAGGUGUCAGCCAUGUGUCCUUUCCCUAGAGCACUGCCCACGUGUGUCCUGUCACCUCUGACCUCUUUAUUAAAUGCACAAGCUUUACAAAAUGGGAAGACGACGUUUAAUGUGUUGCUUGUCUGAUGAUGAGAAUGGGUGCUGCCGAGGGCAGCUUUUUGCUCGGAUGCCGCCGCCGAGGGCUGGCGGGCAGAGCGCACGGCAAGUGCCCACAAUCCCAGCUCCAUCAUACACUUCCCCUGUGGCUUGUGCACAUCACAUCACUUGUGUGUGUGUGUGUGUCCGUGUCCCGAAAGAAGAGAUGAGAGGGGCUGGGAGGAUGGAUGCAAAGCGCCGAGCGGCCAUCGAGUGUUAGCGGAGGGCUACUUGGGGGUGUCCUCCAGGAAGCUUCCCCUGCUAAUCUGUGUGAAAGCCACCAGGGUUCUAGGUUUGGAGAGGGGCUAGGAAGGGCCAGUCUCUUGCAUGCAGGUCCUGUAGCGGGGAAGGAUUAAGAAACUCUUCCUCCAAAUCCUGCGUCCAUUUCUAAGGGCUCUGCUACCCCGUGUGCAGAGGGGAGCUUGCGCCUGAAGAAAGGGGAGAUUCCAUGUGGGCAGCCUGCUCUGUUUGGAAGGGGCAGGCGAGAUGGACGCAUCCAAACAGAUGCCACUUGCUUCUGCCCCUGGGCUCGGGGAGUGCAGUGCUCCCCUGUGGGCAUGGGGAGGGAGACCAGCUUGGAAACCCCCGGGAGUUUUCCUUUCUCUAUAUGGCUCCCUUCUGUAUCGGGGAGAAUAGGGCCCCGCGUUGCUUCACCGAUCCAUGCCAUUGCUCCUCCCUGUGGCUGUGCAUUUCUCCGAGCCCAGAAAGGAGCCAGGCUCAGAAAUCGCCCACUGCCGGCUUGCUCUUCCCUACCCCCCAGCCGAUUGGGGAGCGGGGUCUCUAAAGGGAUUUCAGUGACACUUCUCAGAGAGGCAGCCCCAGGGAAGGGGUUUUCCCUCCUUCCCAGUCCCCUGGCUGUUCCAGGUUCUGCCAUGAGCCGGCCAGCCCCCCAAUAUCCAGGAACUGGCGAUUGUUUAAAACGGGGGGCGGAGGGGGAGCAGCCACCUUCCCUUGUGGCAGAUGAAUCUGCAGUGCAAGGAGUGUUUGUGGGGGAGGGAGAUGCAGGAACACCAUCCACAGGAUCGCUGGCUCGCUGCUGCACCCGCUCUCUUGUGGGGCUCCGGUGAACCUAGCGAUGGGGAGUUCUCCACCCCGCAGCUGUCCUGAGUCGCUAUCUGAGCAUGCCCAAGCACUGCCAAGGAUAAUUUGCACUGCCCGCGGAUGCUCCCUGUUGUUUAAGGCCAUGUGACAUGGAAGAUGGCCGAUUUCUGCCCUCCCCGCUGUGCGGUGGAGAAUGGAACGUGCUGGCCCGGUGUGAGCGCGGCUUCAGCGGUGCUGCGCCAGCUCCACCCUUCUGCAUGGGUCUGUCUGAGAGGAGAGGUCCUGCCUCUUCCACUGGCCCCUCUAAUGUUGGGGGCAGGCUUGGGGGUAAAUGGAUGAAUUGCCCUCCCCCCGCCCUGUGCACUGCUGUAUGCUUCCCAGUUUGUCAGCGCUAUCGGCUUUGACCUCGGCUGGGUCCCAGCUCAGGAUCUCUGCAAGCAGGCGCCUCCUUGUCGGGCAUUCGAAGCGUGGGUGGGCUCAGCAGUUCAUCUUCCCCAGCCCACUACCUCUACUGCAGCCAGCAGUAAAGAUGGCGCCCUCCAGUCUAGAAAGAGACACUGAUGCCAGAAGAACUCCAAGCAAAACAGCCUGCAAGGUCACGCGUGCCCUGGGCGGAGUCAGGGCCUGGCUUCGGCUUUGGAGUCUGCCUUGACGUGCUCCACGCCAGAGCAACCCAUCGACCCUGCACACACCCUCCCCCAAGUGAAAUCCUUAAUGCAGGCAGGCUGGAGCAUGGGUGUGUGUAAACACAUGGCGACAAUUACAUCAUAAACACCGCUGGGCAUGCUUAUGGGGCGGCUGUCCAGUGGCAGAACUGACGUAUUUAAACACCCACCACAAUAUGCUUUUUAAAAAUGUGUUUUCUUCUUGCAAGGGCAGGAAUUAACAGAUGAAAAAUGGAACAUAUUUGCCUUCCACAAAUCCUCCGGCCUUUCUUCUCUCAUCAGCUCCAUUUCCAAGCACCGCAGGGCACUGCAGCUCGUCUGUCGAGGAACAGGGGCUGGACGUCCCCGCCAAGGGAAAGAAGAAUAUAAAUUUCCCUCCUCCUGAGCAGAACACACGGAAAUGAUGAGAGAUGAUCCACACCCCAGUGCAAAACCUUCCUUCCGGGGAAGUCAACCCAAGUUGUUCAUGCUUAUUGCAUCCCGAAUUGGAAAUGUAGCCCGCUCACCCGCCGUGCUGGUCAAGCACAAAGCCAUGAAUGGAAAGGACUCGGCCCCUCGGCAUCAUUUGUGAUUGUAACUCGUCGUCGUAGCAUCUUCCGUUAAUAUCCCCUGGGGAUCAUGAAUGGGAAUUACAAAUGCUGAUUUCAUCUGCUCCUGGUCAAUAACAGAGACAUGGGACAGAACCUAUUUGCGUGGAUGGGCCCAGAUGAUCAACAAUGCCUGCUGACUUUGAGAGCCUCCAUUUUUGGGAUGCCCAACCUGAGCUGCCUUAAAGGGGCCUUGACUUUCCAGUCUCAAAUUCUGGGCCCCUAAAAAUAGACAGUCGCCAGCCACUCCUGCAAAGCUGUGCCCUGCAGCUUCACCUCUGAUCUCGUAAAGAAGGCUGUAUAGAUUCUUCAGGCAUCUGCAAAGGAACCAGUGUAGGUGUAAUGACUCCAUGCUGCGUGACUUCUUCGGAAACCGUCUCUAGUGCUGCCUCUCAUCUACCCCAAACGCCACCCUGUCACAGAAUGCUCACGCUGAGGCCAAGCCCAGGGGGUUGGUUAGUAGCGUUAUUCCUCCGGCUGGUACUGUGCACUGCUGGGAGACCAUGAUGACCUCAGCUGUGCACCACACUGACCAGUGCCCCAGAGCAGCGCUGUGUUUCUGUGCCAGCAGCUCGUCUCUGAUCCGCCUCCGGAUCUUGGCAGGCAUCUCCCACAAGGUCACUGCCUUUAGAUGGAAGUGAGAUGACACUGAGGUACUGUCUGUCUAGAUAGCAUAGAGAAGGAGCUCUCUCACCAGCCCUGUCUUUGAUUUGCUGCCAGUAUCCUUCAUGCUAGGGGAUACAGUCUCCACACAAAGGAGCUCCUUAAAUUCGCAUGGCGACAUCCAUGGUGGUUCUCCCAAGAUUUCAGAGUCCAAGGCACAGAAAUCCCCAUCUUGGUUUAACCUGACAUUAGCAGGUGCUCUACAAAUCCGCCUGGGCUAGGAGGGAGUAGUGUGUUGCUGAGUCUCGGAGAGGUUAGAGAUGGGACAGACCUGCUGCAGCAGUAGCCCGGAGGGGAUUAAGUUUGGUGUUUAACUGAUCCAGAUUGGAUGCUCCGUUUCUCUCUGGUUUACUCCUGUAGCAUUUAUUUGCAGGCGUUCCCAGUGGCGACAGCAUCUUUUGUGGAUUUGCACUGUGAUUGUAGGUUCUCCUAACUUCUGCACCAUGUCCUAGGAGUACAUGCGUCUCCAUCCAGCCCUUCCCCUGCUCUCUCUGGAAUGCCCACCCAGCUCCCAUGAACUCCCUUUGCGUUUCUCCUCCAGUCCACUUCACUACCAUGUUUCACCUGGGCAAGAAGCCAGCAAGAUAGGGGACUGGAGGGGACGGGACUGGAGGAGAAGGGUGUCAAUCACAAACUGCUGUUGCAGUCAGUGGCAGCAGGAUCGUGCCCUACCCAUGGAGCCCUUGGCAGGGUUGGGACAGGAACAGAGAUCAUCGUGGAUGUAUCAUGAGUUCCUUUAGAGGGCUGCAGAGUUCAGCUGCUGUAACCCACAUCAGCGCCGCUUUGGCCCCGGUUCCUCUUGGCCAAAAUGCCUGGAGUGACCCAAUACACCCCCAGAUCACAGCGGGCUGCCGCCAUGUUGCUGCUCUCGUACAAUCCGUGUACCCUGCUGAUAAAUCCUCUUUUCCGUCACGUGACGGGCCUGCGAGAAUACCGCCCCCCAGAGCUUUCAGCCUCCCAAAUGGGGGCCAGGCCCAGGGCUGAUCAACGGCGGAUUGAGGGUGCUGCCAAUGCUGCGCACUCCUUUGCACUUGUGGAAAUGUUUCUAUAGCGACACCCUGCUGGCGUGAGGUCCCUUUCUCGCCCUCCCCUCCUGACCCUAACCCUCAGGAUAAAGGCACUGCAGCCCAGGGUGAGCAGGGAUGUGCAUCGUCAUGAGUGCUUAGGGCAUUCAGUGUGGCUUGGCGGCACGGGUUCAGAUCUGCUACGUUCCUUCGGGAGGAGUGUGAGAGCUCAGCCUGGUUCAGAGCCCCUUUGCGCCACCACCCCCACGAAGAGUUCAGAGAUUGAAACAAGUGGCUCUUGUUUGUCGCGGUGGGUGUGAUCUGAACUCGGGGGGCAUUCUCUUUCUUUGGAUGGGGACAAGUCGCAGGAUAAAUCCGAAUCAAUUCCAUUGAAGUCAUGGAGCAUGUAGAACUGAGGGGACAGGAGACCGCUGUCUCCGCUUUGCUUUGAAGAUUGGUAUUGUGAACUCCCUCUGAAGGCCUCUGUGUGUUAAAAUGGUGUCCAGUUUUCCAGGUCACUGCAAAACCAUGCUCCCCUUAGCUGCUGUAAUUGGUUAUUGAUGGACACCUCUCUCCUGUGGCGGAACUUGUUACCUCCUUUUGCUAAGUGUGUAGUUCUGUGUACGAGACACCGAUGGUUUUGGUCAGGGAGCGGGGAGGGUUCUUGUGUCUCGGGCUCACAGCUGGUUAAGAAGUGUCAGUCCAACAGAAGCUCUCUGAGGAAAUCUUUGCGCCUGCACAGUUGUUACUUGCAAGUAAAAGGAUUGAGUGGAGCAGA